UCUACAUCGUUUCUCACUCACCUAUCAUAACUUCAUAAUUCCUAUCCACUCUUCUUAUUAUAACACUCAAAAACAGUUUUUUUUUUGUAACUUCGAUAUCCAUACCGGCAAAAACAUUCGUGGGUUCUUCUCUCUUGUCCAGACUCAUCUACCGUUUUAGCCGUCCAAACAAAACCGUGAUCAUUCUUCUUUUAUACAAUCCAAAAGUUUACGUUCAGAUUCUCCUCCACCCCUUUGUUCCUUUUCUAAAAAAAAUUAUGGUGUGCGUAGUUUCUCGUACUGGUCGUCAGUUCCAAAGAUACAACAAGGGACGUCGUCAAGUCGUAGGGUGUAUACCGUAUAGACUCAAGAUUUCGAGCGAUGGCACAAUUAGCGACGAAUUUGAAGUUUUGCUUAUCUCAUCUCAGAAGGGUCACGCUCUAAUGUUCCCAAAGGGUGGUUGGGAGCUUGAUGAAUCUGUAGAAGAAGCUGCUUCAAGAGAGUCUUUGGAAGAAGCUGGAGUUAUUGGAGACGUUGAGAGACAACUUGGAAAAUGGGAUUUCUUGAGCAAAAGCAGAGGAACAUUCUAUGAAGGACUAAUGUUCCCAAUGCUAGUGAAAGAAGAGCUUGAGCUUUGGCCUGAACAACAUCUUCGUCAAAGAAUGUGGAUGAAAGUAGAUGAAGCAAGAGAAGCUUGUAGAGAUUCGUGGAUGAAGGAAGCUUUGGAUGUUUUGGUCAACAGGCUUUCUUCAUCAUCACCAUCAAUGAAGCCUAUGGAAGAAGACACGAAGAUUCCAUUGAUUUCCACCUGCUGA